UGUACUUCAGCACACAAACAGCUCUUUCUAUAAAUCCAAGACAUUCAAAUGGACAUUUUCAUCAAACUUUAGCUUUCCACUUUGUUUUCGUCACAUUUUUGUUUGGUGGAUGUUUUAGCUUCCUUCUUGGAAGAUCAGUAAAGAUGAUUAAGAUCAUGUUUCAACACGCGAAGAAACAUCCCGGGUUAAUCCCUCAGUUUGUCUUCUUGACUGUGGGCAUGACAGGGGCCGCCUGCUACCUGAUCCGUCUGGCAAGAGGGCCUCAUGUCACCUUCUGGGACAAGAAGAACAAUCCAGAGCCCUGGAAUAAGCUCGACCCAACCUACCAGUACAAGUUUGUGGCCGUCAACGCCGACUACAAGAGCCUGAAGAAAGAGGGCCCUGACUUCUAAAGGUCCUCCAGCAACUCCAGGGGCACCAAGUUUGGCAGGACCUCCUGCUGUGGCCUCAAUGAUGUGAAACGUCUUCCUUUACGUUUCCUCAGUCUCACUUCAUGCUCCUCUUAUUUAACACUGUAACCUUGUGGACAAAAAUCUAUUAAAGAUCACAGGAGUCCAAAGGCUGUUUCUUCAGUGCAUGAUCAUAUACAAUGUCCUAUGCAAAUAAACAAUGUUUAUAUGUGUUAUACUGUUAGUUCUCUUGUAUGAGCCCCUAAACUGGGAGGUCAAAGGUCGUAGUCUGUUACAGAAAAGUAAGGCUGAAUCUAAAUGUCCCAACUUCACUGCACUUGCCCAUAAUCCAACGUGGAAGUGAUGAUGUUUUAUCAAUAAUUUUAAAAAAAAUAAUCAUCAUCAUCAU